AUGCUCUCCAAUAUUCCUGUACCAAUGGAUUUGGAUGAUGACGGCAACGUCAAGCCCAAUGACAUGCAAGACAAAGCACCACGAUUGUCACUCAAGAGAACCGCAACUUACUGCUUUGUUGCAUCCAGGCCCACCAAGUGUCGCGAAUUGAAUUUGUCUAUGGUUCCAACUUCUGCCACAGAAUGGGCCAAACAAAUCAAUGAGCGAUUCACUCCUUUGCUACCUGUCAUCAUUGAAGAUCCAGAAGAACAGGAACAAGACAACUUGAGCAAUAUUAAAUUGUCUUUGGAUGCUGGAUUGAUUGAUGACGGCAUUGAUUCUGCCAAGGAUCCUUUGGAGGAUACUAUCAGCGAUGACGACAUUAAGGCACCACCGCCCGAGCAAUCUGACAACCCAGCUACUACUGACAUUCCUCCUGAUGGAAUGGGAUCCGGAUGGACAGCGUCUGGAAAGCGCUACAGUCUUUGA